AUGGCUAAAAGAAUUGCUGAUGAUCAAAUGACAAGAGAAGAGUUCGAGGGACAUGGUUCUGAAGAUGAAUCAAAUUCUCAAAUACAGAACACUGCUAAAGCUUCUGCAGAAGUUAUGAGUAAGAGAAAAAUUGCAAUGCCGAAAAGAAAGAUGGCCUUCACCAAUAAGACUAACGCCUCUACAUCCGAAGCUUCUUUUGCUAACGCUUUUAGUUUUGCCAAGAAACCUGAAACUAACGAUUCCAACGAAAAGGGUGCCAAGUUAAAGGCCUUGAAUUCACAAUUCAGCAAGAAAAUUAUUGAUACUAUAAGUAUUGACCCAUUUGUUAACUUAUCCACACUUUUUAGCAAGUAUGAAACCUACGUUAAUACGAUAAAUGGUGUGGCACCUACAAGCAUUUUUAAAACAGCUCCAAUUGUUACUGAGAAGCCAGUUGUACCAGAAAAACCCACAGCUACUAUGCCUUCUAUUGGACUUCAAAAUUCCAAAAAGGAAUCCGAAAGCGAAGAGUCUUCCUCGGAUGAAGAAGUAGAGACAAAAAUUGAAGGUCCAUCCUUUACUAUAUCAUCAAAUCCUAUAAAAUCUGAUUCUGUAUUUUCAUUUAAUAAGAAGAAAGUAGAAAAACCAAAAGAUGACUCAGAUAGUGAAAGUGAUAUCGAGAUUAAAGGCCCAGAGUUCAAAAUUUCAGGUACUAUCAAAUCAGAUGUCUUUAAAUUUAAUAACAAUGCAGCAGCAACAUCAAUAUCAGAUUCCCCUAAACCAGCAAUUGGUUUCUCAAAUAAUAAUUCAGCUCCAGCAGCAUCCCAAGAUGUUGUAAGUGAAACAAAAGAGGAUUCUAAAAAACUUCCAUCAUUUACUUUUGGAAGUACGGUUGCUCCAAAAUCCGAAGAAAAAUCCGAAAAUACAGGUGCAAAGUUGUCUUUUGGACUAGGUGCUGACGCUGCCAAAAAACCUACUAAUCAGGCGUUUAAUUUUGGUACUAAUAACGUUUCAACUCAAUCCAAUGGUCCUUCUAUAUUUGGAAAUCAUCCAAAGGCCAAUGAGACAACGGGAAAUACUACAGUUCCAAGUUUUACAUUUGGUGCUAAACCAAUACCUGUCGAAGACAAUAAAGAAUCAACUGACAAACCUGGAAUUACGUUUGGUGUCAAUCCAAUUGCAACCAAAGACACAGGAACCAAUACCCCAUCAUUUUCAUUUGGUACAAAGGUAUUAACCCCAGAGGCAACACAACAACCCAAAGAGAACCCAACUAAACCUGUUUUUAACUUUGGUGCCACUCAAGUGACAGAAAAUACUUCUAAGCCAGGCUUCGCAUUUGGUCUGAAUAACUCUAUUGAUAAUAAGAAUGACGCAAAUGUGACUAAGUCCACUUUCCAGUUUAGUGCCCCAAAUCCUGAAAAGCCUACCUUAAAUUUUGGUACAACCACAUCUACACAGUCUGAAGCAAAGGUGACGAAUGAAAACGACAAACCUAAAUUUAAUUUUUCUGUAUCGAGCACACAAUCCAAAGUAGAAGAGGAUGCCACUAAAAGUGAUAACUCUGUAAAUGCACCAUCGUUUUCAUUUGGAGCCUCUAAAACAACUACUGCUCCAUCUUUCUCGUUUGGUAAAACAACACAAUCCAAUCCCUUUGCUCCAACCUCAACGUCUACCUCAGAUAAUAAGAGCGCAGUUCCAUCUGGUGGAUUUAAGUUCAGUCUACCAUUUGAACAAAAUAAUACUUCAGAUGAGAAGAAAAAUACUGACGAAUUGGUCGCAGCAACCUCAAAGAACUCCCAAAAUACAGAGAAUAAUGAAAAAUAUUCUCCAGAUUUGAACACAACAGAAGGCGAAAAGGAUAGUGAUGAUACUGCAAUCUCCAUGCAGAAUGGUGAAGAGGAUGAAAAUUCAGUCUUUUCGCAGAGGGCUAAAUUGAUGGUCUUCAAUGCUGAGACAAAGGCCUACGAUUCACGUGGUGUUGGUGAAAUGAAAGUUCUUCAAAAGAAAGAUGAGAAAUCUAAGAGUAGACUCUUGUGUAGAUCUGAUGGGAUGGGUAAUGUGUUAUUAAAUACCAAUAUUGUUAAAUCUUUUCAAUAUGUUCCUCUAACAGCUGAUAAUGAGAAUUUGGUGAAAACACCAGUAGUUGAUGCUGACGGAAAGUUAACAACGUAUAUUGUUAAAUUUAAGAUGAAGGCAGACGGGCGUGCAUUUAUUAAAGCCAUUUCAGAUUGUCAAAAGGAUCUUGAAUAG